AUAUCUACACACACACACUCAGUGUUCGUUGGGCAUGUGUCUGAUGGUGUGAAAGAUCCAAUCCAUCUUCGUGCUCCAGCCUCCAUGGUCAACAUGCUGUCGAUACCAGAUCUGAUCAAGAAGAAGAGAGACGGAGAAACACUGAGCGACGAGGAAAUCGGAACUUUCAUCAACGCUGUCACAAACCAAACUAUCCAGGAAUGUCAGAUAGGUGCGAUGCUCAUGGCGAUCUGGCAGAAGGGGAUGGUCGUCACGGAAACCGAGACCCUCACUAGGGAGAUGAUGUCAUCGGGUGAAGUGAUGUCAUGGCCAAAGGAGUGGGCGGGGCUCCUGGUUGACAAACACUCGACCGGUGGCGUGGGAGAUAAAAUCAGCCUUGUGUUAGCGCCUGCGCUCGCCGCCUGUGGCUGCAAGGUACCUAUGAUCAGUGGGCGGGGCUUAGCUCAUACAGGAGGUACCCUGGAUAAACUGGAGUCGAUUCCAGGAUUCGACAUCCACCAAUCAGCUGAGCAGGUUCAGAGGAUCCUGGGCUCUGUGGGCUGUUGCAUUGUGGGUCAGACGGAGAGGCUGGUCCCUGCAGACCGGGUCCUGUACGCCCUGCGGGACGCCACCAGCACCGUGGACAGUUUGCCUCUCAUCACAGGUUCGAUUAUUUCUAAGAAAGGUGCAGAGUCUCUGACGGCUCUGGUGCUGGACGUGAAGUUUGGAAAAGCUGCUCUGUAUAAAGAUCUGGAAAGUGCUAGACAACUGGCUCAGUCUCUGGUGAACGCAGGAAACGGUCUGGGCAUGCGUACGGGGGCGGUCCUGAGUCGUAUGGACGCUACGAUUGGUCGAUGUGUGGGCAACAGCCUGGAGGUGAUGGAGUCUCUGGAGACGCUGAAGGGAAAUGGACCUGAAGACGUGAUGGAGCUGGUGACCACUCUCGGAGGUGUGCUGCUGCUGAUGACCAGCUCGGUGUCUGACCUAUCAGAAGGCAGUAAGCAGAUCCGUGAGGCUGUGACCAGCGGAGCAGCUCUGAUGAAGUUUCAGGCCAUGAUGGAGUUUCAGGGCGUUGCCACGGAGACGUGUCGCUCGCUGUGCUCCGCUCACACAGAUUAUUUCAGUGUCCUGAGAAAAGCUCGACAUCAGAUUGAACUGACGACUCCUGCAGACGGAGUGGUAAAGGAUGUUGAUGGUUUCGUAUUAGCUGAAAUUCUUCAUAAGCUGGGGGCGGGGCGAUCGAAGGCUGGAGAACCUAUCAAUCACAGUGUGGGGGCGGAGCUGCUGGUGUCACUUGGUCAAAAGGUCGAAACAGGCGCCCCCUGGCUGCGCCUUCAUUACGAGGAUCCGGCUCCGACUCCAGACCAAAUGAGUCGACUGCAGAAAGCUCUGACUCUGGGAGCAAACACACACAAACAACACAAACACAAUCUGGUGGAAGAACUGCUUCUUCCUCAGUAAAACUAUUGCUUCAAAUAUCAGGCGGGUUUCCUGACUUAUACUGCAUUCAGCCACCAGGGGGCAACCGGGGUGUUUUGGUUUCACUUUGGGGAGCUGUCAUGUCGUCCAACAGUCUUUGCAAAAACUGUAACUUUUAAGUCUUAAGUGAAUAAAAUGUGGAGCCUCAAUGAUGAGUCAACAUCUGGAGCCUCUGGUGGACCUUCCUGGAAAUUGAAUAAUAGUCAUAUGGGAGUUUUAAAAGCAGAGUAAGUCCAUUAUUUCACAGUAAACUGGGUUUGAAACUUAAAAUUUGA